UAAGCACUUGACCCUCACCGCCACAGUUCUGAAUCCUUUCUUUGUUCUCUGUUCUCUGUUCGAUUCCCAUUAAUCACAGAGUUCGGAUUAUUCAUUCAUCACUAAGGUUUGCUUCUUCUUCGCACGCCAAUACCUCUUUUUUAUGAUGGAUCAUCUGCGACUAUCUAUUUUAGGGUUUUACGCUCUGAAGUUUGGGGUUUCCGUUUUAGGGUUCCUUUUCAUUUAUUUAUUAGGGUUUUCCGAAGGAUUAGCGAUACGAUAAGUUCGGGGUUUAAGGGAUUCGCGAUUAACAUGGCUGCUGAACAAGAUUAAAUGUUUGUGUGUGUGUUUUUAGAGUAAUAUGGAUAUGAAAGUAGCUAGCAUGACUGAAAGAAUCAGUGGAAAAACAUUGGUUCAAAAGAGAGGAGAUGAACAAGUUUCGCUGAGUCUUCUCAGAAGACAAACGAGAAGAUCCGUGUGUAUAGUUCAAGGACAGUGUAUGUUAGAAAUAGCGGUGAUGGAGGACAGGGGAAAAAUGGUUCUGAAGCGUAACAAAACCCCUCCUCAGACUCAGAGACCCUCUAUGACUAUGAAUCGCUUCGAUUCAUGGUUUCGUGGUGAUGGUGAUGGGUUUUCCACGUUAGCCAGGCUUCAAGAACACAAGAAGGUUGUGACUGGUAUUGCUCUGCCAGCUGGAUCGGACAAAUUAUUUUCUGGAAGCACUGAUGGGACAGUUCGGAUUUGGGACUGUCAUUCUGGUCAAUGUGUUAACGUGAUAAAUCUUGGUUCUCAAGUCACUUCUUUGAUCAGUGAGGGCCCAUGGGUCUUUGUUGGUUUGCGAAACUCUGUCAAGGCGUGGAAUAUUCAGACUGCUUCAGAGUUUACUCUAGAUGGACCUAAGGGUCAAGUCCUUGCCAUGACUGUUGGCAAUGAUACACUUUUUGCUGGAGCAGAGGAUGGUGUAAUUUCUGCAUGGAGAGGCAGCUCUGAAACUAGGUCCCCUGUUGAACUGAUUGCAUCCCUCAGAGGCCACACUAAAGCUGUGGUUUGUCUGACUGUUGGUUGUGAGAGGCUGUACUCAGGGUCCAUGGACCAUAGCAUAAAGGUUUGGGACCUGAAUACAUUAGAGUGCAAAAUGACACUCAAUGAGCAUACUGACGUAGUCACAUCCCUUAUAUGUUGGAACAAUUAUUUGUUAUCAAGUUCCUAUGACUGCACAAUUAAGGUCUGGGGUGCCACUGAGGAGGGGACUCUGAAAGUGACAUAUACACACACUGAGGAAAAUGGUGUUCUUGCACUUUGUGGGAUGACUGUUCCAGAAGACAAGCAUAUACUGUUCUGCUCGUGCAGAGACAAUUCAGUUGGCCUGUAUGAAUUGCCAUCAUUUUCAGAAAUGGGUCGAUUAUUUGCAAGAAAAGAAGUUCGGUCUUUGGAGAAAGGUCCAGGUGGGCUUUUGUUCACGGGAGACGGGACUGGUUUGCUGACUGUGUGGAAAUGGUUGAAUGAGCCAAAGGGGGCAUGCUCUUGAGAAAUGUCUCCUUUUUCCUGCAACUGCCUACUUGAUGCAACUGAUAUUAUGCAUCUGCCUCUUAAUUACAAAUGAGACAGAUAUUAAUGUCUGCCUCAUCUGAUAUUAUGCAAGUCAUCUAGAUUCGAAUUUAUUUUUCUCUGAAACAGAUUUGUAUAUUACA